AUGUUCAAACCACGCACCCAAAAGCCCCUCUUCCCCUUUACUGUGCGGCGGCGGCUCUCGAUUCUGGCUCUGGUCAUUUUUCUGGUCAUCCUGUUCCACUCGCUGCCGUCGAAGAACGAUCGCAUUGUCGCGGGGAAAUGGCUGCCCGAUUAUGACAUCGAGGAUGUCCCCCGCUACCUCCAUCGCUCUCCUUUUCGAGUUUCUCCCGACUACGAUUACGAGCGCAGGGUGUUCGAGGCGCUGCAGAGGAUCGAGGAGGCCUUUCUGGAAAACCACAGCGGCGAUCGCUCAGCAGAAGACCAUAUCUGGCAGAUCCGGCUUGGAAAGAGCCCGGAAGAAGAGCGCAGUAAAGAUUCGAUCAGAUUCAGCGACAGGAAUAAUGAAUGGGAAUACACCCUCGUCGCAGAUGCUCAGGCCGACCACUUCCUCACCACCGUGCUCUCCUCCGUCCCUGACCUCAAGAAGCUCUACGAUUCCUACCCCCACCACGUUAUCCGAUCAGACUUGCUUCGCUAUCUCCUGCUCUGGUACUACGGCGGCUAUUACGCAGAUACAGACGUCUACCCUGCGAAAUCCAUAAAGGAAUGCCCGUCGCUGCAACCCAUAUUCACCGGCCUCGACUCCGGAAACGGAAAUAUCUCGCUCGCGGUCGGGAUUGAAAUUGACGAACCGCACGCCUCGCCGCAGCUAAUGCGCGACUGGCAUUGGAUCAGAACAUACGGCCUGAUCCAGUAUACCUUCUAUGCGCCGCAGCGGUUCAGCCCGCUCCUUCGCGAAGUUAUUGUCCGAGUCCUGUCGCAUACGCGACAGCACAACCAGCACAGUUUCCCACUCAUUGGACCCCGGUAUAACGAGAAGACGAUUCUCGAAGUCACCGGGCCUGGGGUAUUCACGGACGCGAUCAUCGACACCCUCUCCGAUGCGCUGCCCAAGACGCACCCGUUGAUCUCGCAAUCAGUGCGGGCAGAUGAGAAAAUUGGCGACCUCGUCUCACGGUCGUCGGGCGAGCUCUCGAGGCGUGUAACGUGGGCUCCGUUCCACAAGAUUAGUGAGCCGGUCUGCGUGGAUGCCCAGGAGGCUGCGAUCGGAAAGUCGAUGGGGGGAGUCUGCGUUCUCCCGAUAAAUGCGUGGGGGAAUGGCCAGCGGCAUAGCGGCGCAGAGGGCUUUCGCAGUCAGCAUGCUUGUAUCAACCAUCGGUUUGGAGGGACGUGGAAGAAGGACUGGUGGCAUCGCCAUAUCGGAUAG